AUGUCGGGACAACUGGUGUUAGUGUGUCCCAACACCACCACCACCACGACCACCAACACUACCUCUUCCUCUUUUCACCACAGUUAUUCCGAUGCGUGCUAUUUUAUAGUCAUGGAGCUUCCGGCAAUGUGUGAUGCUCGCGUGUGUCAAGAGCAUGUGAGAUCAACACCAGGCAGAGGGCCGGAUCUCGCACACGACACCAUAUUGGAGGAGGAAGUGAGCUGCAAUGCACGAAAGAGCGGUGUAGCAACGGAUCUUGAGAAUGACACGGGAGCAGCCAGGGAAGGCAACAGUGCGGGAGUCGUUGUUGUCAUUACUGUGGAUACCGUUUCUGGGCAACUUAUACACGCAGGUGUUCCACAGAAGGAUCUUUUUGCUUCUAUGUCUGACGCCAUGCGCGCAAUCCCUACUUUAUGCUCGCGCACAUCCUUCCCAUUUGAGGUGCGCGUUGUGUGUGAGUUUGUUGCGUUUGCCGGUGGUUGUCUCACAGAGGAAACCAUAAAUCUGCUUUUUAUUGAAUCGAGUACGCUAAUUAUGGGGGGUAACGGUACCACAUUUCAUGCUCAUGCCGUAGGUGAGGAGGCCGACCCGUUUUCCUUUUCGCCCAUGAACCGCUGCAUUCCGCCUAUUUUUUCUGUUGACAAGGCAAGAUGGGUCCACAUCCCACUGCGAAUUGCGGUAUCAGCUCUUCAACAGCCUCUCACAAGUAGCGGUGUACAUUCGUGGACGCUUGGCGAUCGCAGUUCAACACCCUACAAAUUGUUUUCUAGCGUCUUGGAUGACGAUUCGAUAACGCCGUACCUGUACUUUUCACCGGGUGUGGAUGUAACACAUUGCUGCGUCUUGAAGGAAGCGGUGAGGCGUUUGUUGGUUCCCUUUAGAGCGGGUAGAGACCGCACGAAUUCACUGAAUACCAACAUGGAUUUGGAUGGCAACCCUGUUUUGGCUCCUCCGCUCAUCAAUGAGCUUUUUCCACCGCUUCCCAAGCAGGCGGGCCGCGGUGCGUUGGGCCAAUGUGAUUGUCUUUGGAACGAGGAGCUUAUUCGCUUCUGUAACGCGUUUGGCUUGGGGGACUGGUGCUGUCGAUUGGCUCUUGGUUCAUGUACCGCCAUCACCUUGCCACAUUCAUUCAGGAUUUCUUCUGUUGCUCUUCUUGUUGUUCGACUGAGUCGCCUGGCAGUUUCCGGAUGUUUCUAUGAUUACAAGCCAUCAUCUGCAAAGGUGCAGUUGGACCCUUAUGUCUCCGCACUGGAGACGGAGUUUCAACUGCUCAUUUUACAUGAACCGUUGCAAAACCAAACAGAUGAGGAGAAACUUGGGGCAAUUUCUUCACUGACAUGGCGGCGGGGCACGGAUUUUGCUGGUCACAAGAACAUUGUUGAGCAGAAUGAGCGGGUUAAGGAAUGCGCGGAGAGAUUUGUGGAUCCACUUCCGCCUUGUGAAGAUCAUGUGGCAGGCAUUUUUGCUGCCUAUUUGGAGCGGUAUGGAUCAGGGACAAAAGUUAGUUUGGCGCAUGCGGGUACUGUGAUUUUGCAGGAGGACAAAAUAGCACACGAGAUGGGGCAAGUCGCAAGCAGCUACCAACGCUUCAUGUCCCCUAUAAAAACCAGGAAAUCGCCAAUGAAGAGGCGAGGCCUCCCUCCUUCAUCGCCUAAAGGGCGAAAUAGCCUUGCAACAAAUCUGGCGAAUGCCGCAUCGGGACGCCGAAACGAUUUAGACGUUAGUGCGGUGGACCCAGUCUCUGCGAACAAGAGCCUACAGUCAAUUCUUCAAUUACUUGCUGAACAUGUUAAGGCACAUGGUCUUCGUCCUGUUGUUACUGUUGGAGCGCUAUUUCCCGUGUUUUAUUCUUGUUCUUUUCGUUCUUCCCUUGUGGGUAUAAAUUCUGACGCGGCAUCAGUGAAUGACGGUGGUGGAUUCUUGCAGACCUUUUGGGGAAGGGAAUCCCUGCACGUGGACCGAUUUCAAAUGGCAGACAGUUGGGUUCCACGUGUCUGUGUGAGCGAUGAUACACAGGUAAGCAUCAUCGCAUCUAUUAUUGUGUCUGUUGGUUGGGUUGUGAGCUGGCUGUUAAGCGAACUUGAUGAGGAGAGGGAUGUGGCUCAAUUACUGCUGGAGUCCAGGGCUUGGGUGCGGGAUAUCAUUCUUUUGGUGGCCAACUCAGCGGCUGCCACUUCGUGCAUUCGCAAAGCUUUUUUAAAGCAGGAGGCGAUGGAAUGGGUAUGGCGUUGUCUUGUGGAAAUUUGCGAAGGAGCUCCAAUGGCGUUUAGCCCCGUGGUGUGGGCAACAGCACAGCGCAUUGAGCACAUGACUUUUCAGGCCAGGGAGAAUGGUUCUGGGUCUUUUGACAAAGAGGAGCAUGAUGAUCACAAGAGCGGUGUCAUUAUAAACAGGACGGUACACAGGUUUUUAAUGACGUUUUUUCUUUCGGAAGGCGGUUUUUUCCCGAGGGAACUUGUGCAACAUCGGAUAGUUCUUCUCUCACACCCAUCGCGGCUUUCAUCUAUCAUCAACGUCCAAAUGUUGGUUCCACCUUCGAAGAUGCAGGGGUCCUCUGCAGAAACAUUAGAUGAGGAGGAACCCUCUUGGAAUAACUCGCGGGAGGGGCUGUUUCCAUUGACGCCCAUGCGUCAUUUGAACCCACCCGUCGAAUGCGAUGAGGAGUUCCCCCUUCUCUCGUGGUCGGGCAAGGGCCCUACACCGACGCUAAGCAUGCUGCAGGGCCUUAUGCACCCAUUUUCACAACCCCUUUGUAUGCCAUUAUGCUUUGAAGGGGUGGAGUUUACCAUUUCCUUGCCUUCUCUUUCGUACGUCACGCAUGUGGCAUUGCUGGUGGCGAAUGCCAUUCAGAUGGCGCCUUAUGCCGCGGCACUUUCUAUUUCUCUCUCAACAUUUUGUUACGUGGGCCAGACGCACGAGAGGAGUGUCUUGGAAGAUGUUCCGCUCCCGCUAUGUGUUAGCAGCCGAUCAUCUUUCGGUCGACAAAUAUCUCCGCAUUUAAUUUUUUUUGAGCUGCACCGCCCUUCCACUGAAGAGGCCCCCUUAUCAUUUGUAGAGGAGGUGGUUGCAGGCGUUGGUACGUCUGGUCGCAGUUUCAAUCAAAACACGCCUGUUGUUGCACGUUAUAUGCGUCUCUCAAUUCGCGGUUCGGGCUGCGAUCCGAUGGCGUUGCCCCCCAUAUUGGUGUUUGGCGAGCCUGUUGAUUGUAUUCCAUGCGAAGAACUUCACGCCGUUGUCGGUUGCCAGACAAAAUUGAGCCGCAUGCUUUUUGCGGCACGGUCGCUUUUUGCCUGGGAGGCAGGAGACGAUUUGACUGUUGAGCUCACAGACCCGAAGUCGCCUCGUUCUGUCGUGACGGCUGCGGCUCAAGACGGUGAUGAGCCCGAUAAAAGAAACAGCCACGUGGAAGAGGACCAGGAGGUGGGGGAUGAGGAGAAACAGGGGACUGCAGCGGGAAAACACGCAAGCACAGCGCGGCUGGUUGGCACGUUGAUGGCGACACACGGACGACAGGAGAUGUACCUGCUGAAGGUUAACAGCGUUAUCCCGGCAGAUCUUUUUCAAUUGAAUUUUGAAUUGACUGUGGCGAUGGAGUCGAAGCGGCUUCAGAGCCACGUGCGCCGCUUUUAUCGUGAUGUUAGUUUGUACCGCACGGGUGUCCCACGUUGGGUCAUGAACCCGGCAUACCAGGUGCUCCCGCGCUCCACAUUCCAUCGCUCACAGCUCCCAGAGGAGGCAAAGGAUACGGAGUUCAUUAGGUACCGACAGAAGAAGCGGGGGGAAAAGAACGGGGAGUUUUGUGUCGGUAGUUCCAGUAGCGCUAGAGAAAAGAAAAAAUGUCGGAUGAAAAACGAAGAGCGAAAGCGAUGCGCUCUUUGUUUUCGUGUGUUCUCGUGGUUCUCGGGCGUCAAGGAGUGCGAUCGGUGCCAACGUCAUGUAUGCGAAAAAUGUCUGUCGGAAAAUCGUGUGCGUUUGCCUGAGCUUGGUAUUCACGACUGCACCGCUUCUGUGUGCCUGGCGUGUUUGAAGAAAGUUAUGCGGCUUGAGGAGACGUUGAGGGGGUUUCUCUGGAGUGAGGCUUUCGGUGAGGUGGAGAGCGACGUUGAAAAGGAAGAGACGAUUGAUUUCUACGCACGCUGCACAAAACCCCAACUGGAGUCGGUCCUGGCCCUGUACCCCCUUCCCUUACACAGCAGCUACGCGCAUGCAAGCGUCUUGAGGACUUGUGACAAACGACCCUAUCAACUGACAAUGCACCCACUGACACGUGUUGUGAAUGCGCCUGGUAUGGACGACGAAAAUAAAACGCUCUUUGAAGAGGUACUCGGGGUCAUGGGAUUCAACAAAAACUUAUUGAGAUGGCGUUGUGUCACGGAAGAUGAAUGGACGGAUUCCAUUACGCGCGUUAGCCGUCACGUGAUUCUUUUGCUUCCUCAUGGAGCUGCGGUUUCGCAUGGGAUACUGCGAUACAUGUUAUCGGGGAACAUCUGUGGAAAUAUUGAAGUUCAACUAUACUUGGGGAACUCUUUGCAUUCCCUUGAGCCAUUUUCUGGAGCAGAUAUUGGCAGCCCUGGCGUCUCUCAUGAUGAUGUUGAUGGUGUGUCUGGUGUUGGCACUUUGAGGGAGGUGGUGCUGCAACGCGAGGAGAUUAAUCCGUCUCGAGAGGAAGAGGGGAAGGUGAUAUUUUCAACGUCAACCCCCGUUACGAAUACGAUUUCCAGAAAUAGUGGUAUUGAUGCCGCAUCUACAAACGGUACAACGACGCAUCUGGCUGCUCUCUUUUUUAUUGGGUCUGUCAGUGACCUUUUACUUUUGUACGUGGAUCAUUUUUCCCUUUGGGGUCAAUUCACUCCCGAGGUACCACAUGUGAACUCAUCGUACUACAAUUGCAGUCCUGAUCUCUCGCGCUAUGGCAGCCUUUCGACGAACAUGGUACACGGUACGAGUGGUGUGUUGGGUAUUGCCUGUCUUCCCCGCAUGCUUCCCAUGACACGCCUUAUCCCGUUGCGCAAUGUUACAGUGCACAACUCUGAAAAAGUCUUGAUCGAGUUUGACUUUGGUGUUCCAGCGACAGUGUGCGGCUUUACACUGGAGUUGUACCACCCCGCCGUGAUGACGGGAGGGCACGACGGCAUCGCAACGGCACUGCGUCUUAUUGGCGUCACAGCCUCUGGCUACCGCGGCAACAUGGGCAUAUUUAAAUUGCCGUGGCCUCCUCUUCCUUCACUUUCAUCCUCCUCGUCAUUGUUGUCUGAUGCAAGUUUGCUGGAUAUUUUUUCAUACGCGUACAGUCUGCCCUCGACCAGCCACAGUGUUGUCUCGGUGCUUGUCGAAGUGGUUGAGUGGCGGCUCGCGCCUUCUGCCGUUGGCAGGUAUAAAAUGAGGAAGUGGGGGAGGAUGGGCGGCAGCUCCAGAAGUCACGGCGGUGGCGGUGGGUUGGAGAAAGGCCCUGAGCCCGAAACUUCUUCCCGGCGCGGUAUUUAUUUGGGGAGGUUGCAGUUCUGGACAAGUGCGAAUGCGGAUACACAGCGCAUGGUGUGCAGCCACACGUACAUCCCCAUUCAUGCCGCAUUGGACGACUUGCACUGCUAG